CGCUCAAUUAUACAUUUCUCUUUAUCCUUCUUUCUCACAAAACAUGGCUCAUGAAGAUCCACAAUAUGCAACCCAAGAACUAGAACAAGAGGAUGAUCGAGAGGAGGCUCUCUCGCUGUGUGACCUACCACUCAACGACAUGUCGUCCGUGGAAGUUCGUCCUUCCUCAUUUUCUGAAGCUUCCGAUUUGUUUGAGUUCUUCAACGACGUCGCCGUUUCCGACAUGUGCCCCGCUGACGAGAUCAUCUUCUGCGAAUCCAAUAUGCCGCCCUCCCGACGCUUAAGAUCCGACCCUAUUUCCGGGGUGCGAUUCCAUGUCUCUCGAUCCAACAGUGUGGGGACGUUCGCGAAUUCUCCCUGCUCCGUGAUGAUGCAGAACAGCAGGUCCCUGGAUUACAGGAAGCUUCGUCGGUCUUCGAGCUCCGUCGUGUUUAUGGCUCCGGAAGCCGAGCGAAAUUCUUCGACGGUUAAAAGAGCGACGUCGAAGCCGCGCUGGUGUUCCGUGAUGCUUGGGACAGUUAAGGCACCGGCGGAGAUGGAGCUCAGCGAUAUGAAAAACCGGCAGGCUCGCCGAAACCCGUCAACGACGAUGUUCCCCGCGGUGAUUAAUGGAGGAGGGAAGAUGGUGGAGAAUCGGAGAUCGGGAAAGUUUUCGUGGAUGAUUCUGAGAGCCCUAACUUGUAAGGACCGGAGAAGUGUAUCGGUGACGACGUCGAUGGCCGUGCCACAGGCCACAUGAUUCGAAGUCACGUGAUUUGCACACCCAUAUUUGGCCGGAAGUAACCUCUUGGCCUUGCUUGACGUCGAUGAAGGCGAUCGCAGUGCAUGGUAGGGGCAUUUUAGUCAUCCUAGUGAAUCUGAUAGUGACAUUGCGUAGAAGGAAAGAUGAUGCACAGUGGCAAUCCAUGAGGGAUAAUGGUAUGCCCUUCCAGGAUUCUCUUGCUCUAAAAUAUUUUCUUUAGAAAAAAUAUUAUUAAUAUAUUUCACUUACUGCC